AUGGCUUUACCUAUGCUGAGGUCUAGCAUAGGAGGAGUGGCGAAGAGAAAGGGGGGUUGCAGGAGCAUCGAAGCAGGAUGCUGCAUCUUGAGCUACCAGUCUCGGGGAUUUGCUCAAAUCUUCGGCUCACCCUUAGAUGGUUUCGAAGAUGAUAGUCUAUCUCUAUCUAAACCAAUGCAGCACUUGACAUAUAGACAACGAAGAACGAAAACGACUCCUCUUAAGGGUUCACUUGAGCCAAAUUCCGGUCCUUGGCGCCUUCUUCGUGAUAAAUUAACAUUACGCGGAAAGGCUCUGCUCCGGGGAUCUCCGUCGUUGGCCAAGGGUAAUCGAACAGCAAAGUCUCGCAUAUCUCCUCCCAAUGGUCUACUUGAGCGAAAGGAAACGCCUCUACCCUUCAAAGUGCCUGCUGCUUUUCUGAGCUAUAAUGCCACAGUGCACAUCGGGAAAGCACAAUUCCAUCCAAUAUUACUUCGCGAUGCCUGCAUGUGCCCCAAGUGUGUUGAUCCAUAUUCAACGCAAAAGAACUUCCAUACACCAGAGAUCCCACCGAAUAUCCAAGUCAGGUCUAUCGAAACUUCUCCAACGGGAGAUAUUCAUAUCAAAUGGGAAAAUGAUAUACCUGGUUUUGGGGAUGACCAUGUCUCUUUCUUUCCCUCGGGCUCGUUGGAUAUUCGCCAUAGAAGCAAGAAAUCAAUGAAUCGAAACCGUACUCGGGAAGUACCCAACGCAGUAUGGGAUGUUACUAGAAUCAAGAAGGAACUCCAGUUCGUCAACUUCCAAGACUACAUGACAUCUGACAAGUGUCUUUUGCGAGCAUCAUAUUUACUGUUAAGGCAAGGCCUCUUGAUCAUCCGAGGAGUUCCUGAGUCAGAGAAGUCGGUAGAAGACAUUGCUCUUCGGAUUGGAUCCAUUCGCGACUCAUUCUAUGGGCGGACAUGGGAUGUCAAGUCGGUGCCGGAGGCUAAGAACGUGGCUUAUACUGCCCAGUUUCUUGGACUCCAUAUGGAUCUAUUGUACAUGGCAAAUCCACCUGGUUUUCAGCUGCUACACUGCCUGAAAAAUACUGCGGAGGGAGGUGCGUCACUCUUUGCAGAUGCGUUUAUGGCCGCCAAAAGCUUAAGCGUCAAGCAACGUGACAUUUUAAGAAGAACCCCAGUUGCGUAUCAAUAUCAGAACGCGGGAGAACAUUACUAUCACACACAUCCAGUCAUUGAAGUAGAGACUUCGCAAACUGGAGAUACCGUGUUCACAAACAUGAAUUACUCGCCCCCGUUCCAGGCGAACUAUCUUCUUCCGAUGACCCCCAACGUGGCUGAGGUGGCUGAAUUUCUGGAAGCAUUUAAGGCUUUUACACACCGAGUUGAGAAUAAAGACCAUCUUCUUGAGUAUAAGCUUCAGGAGGGAGAGUGCGUAAUUUUCAACAAUCGACGGAUUCUACAUGGAAGAACACAAUUCGACGCUCUCGGAGGCGAGAGAUGGUUGAAAGGUGCAUAUGUCGACUCUGACGUCGUAAAUAGCCGUUUCAGGGCCUUGAGCAAGGAAUUUGAUUUGGAUAAAGACGACGAUGCGCAGCUCGUCUUUGAACUAGAGGGGAAGAAGAAGUAA